GACGAUUGACAGUCGAUAGCAGUGAUGGCAGCAGAGUUGUAUCCGUCCCCAGCUCGUACCCAGCUCGAUUCCGAGCUCUCGCUGGACGACCGCACUGCGGCCGAGAUCCUCACAAGCCACACCGUGGAAAUAACGAAAGCCGUGAACCUAAACAAUCUGCGCCCUUAUCUGAUCGGGAACAGAUGCGUAACGCUGUCUGAAUCGAGGCAGCAACUGAAAUCGGCCUCAGACACCGAUACUGUCAUACAGUUUAUUGAAAUCGUCUCUAAGCGAGGAAUCUCCGCUUUCCGCGGCUUUCUAAAGGCAUUGGAGCAGUACACGACCGAUGAACCGAGCGAAGGUGCUCUCAUCGAGCUGUUGAACAAACUGAGAGACGAUGCAGCUAGCAAACUACCAACAGCUCCACAGAAUGAGCCAGUCAUUGUCGUACAACAAACCCCAGCAGAAACCACAAUUGAUCUGCCAGAGGACCCCGAGACAGAGAGCCAAGAUGCUCCAUUAUCUUCUAAUGAACAGGGGCAACCCAACAAGGAUGCAUCAGCAGUGACGGCUUCUGUCACACGUCGGAUCCAAAUUCCUGGCGUUUCAAAAUUCCUUAUCAACUUCCUAAGAUUGGCUGGUAUAGCAAUGAUAGUGCUGUCAGUUCCGCUUACUAUUGCUGGAGUUCUGAUCCUUGUUAUGAGUAAGUUGUAUAUAGCUCGCAAGGCAAAGGAAAAGGAAACUACUCCACUAUACAAUAGUGUAAUUAUAAAGCAACUCUCUUUUUCCUAACAAAAGAGAGCUGCCCGGGUGGGAUUUGAACCCACGACACUGCAGUCUAUUAGAGAGCUCUGCAUGCUGUAUAAGCUACCAGGCAAUCGGGCUCAAAAUUACAACAAAAUGCAAAGGGAAACCACAACUGUGCUCUUAUGGCACAGAAAAAGUCGCUUAUGUUAUAGUGUGUAAUUAUUACACAUGCACUCUGGCAAACAGAGGGUGUAGUAAGGACGGGGAAGGGGGAAAACAGCUUCGUAAUGAAAUUUGAGAAUGUCUAUGGAUUGCGGCCUUGUAUGUCAGUUGUUACAUAAUAAAAUCCUUACUAAUCCACACUUCUAUAUGGUAAUACCACUCAGGUCUUCAACCGCACACGACCUGCGUACUUGUUUAUGUGGUACCUACAAAAUGCCUAUAUUAUACAAAACACACAAGUUAAUCGCAUCCACACCUUCAACUGCUCUCUCCUAAGGUUUUCGUGAGUUUUCUGGUGAACUCGAGUGCAAUGGUGUGGGUAUCAAACACUCUCUUAGUGUUUUCAACUUCUUCUUUUGCCAUUCUCUGCUUCGGUGUCCCAGCACUUCUUGUUCUCUUCAUCCUAUACUUCAAGUUUGAAGAUCCUACCACAACAUGGACACAGAAAGAUCGCCUCACUAAAUGUGUUUGUAUGGGGACAGACGAUUGUCUUUCUAAUGGUGUUCAUCCUCAUAGUAUUUGAACUGCUCUACUCUCUUCUCUACGUCAUCCCUGAAGUAAUCAACAACUACAACCAGUGGCAAGAAACGAGGAGAACAAACGAAACCAUAUGCGAUGAAGAGGUUUAUCUGACAUCGCUCUGUAUAGUCGUUGUCAGCUAUUCUCUGGUGUUUAUGCUGCUGGUGGUGCUAGGGGUGUUUCUGGCCAACCACUACUUCCAGUGGGUGAGCGACGAGCAACAUCCAGGGAUCAUCAGGAACGUGAUACACGUCUGUCUCCAUGGACACAACAUAGACUCACAUACAUAAUUAGUAUGAAAUAGUAAUUUUUUCUGUAGAGAUUUUAAAACCCAGUCUUUUUAAUAGGUGAAUUAUGGAAAGUGUUU